AUGUGUACUCUUACGCCAGAGGAUCGAGUCCGUCGACUUCAGUCCACUUUCCUCUUCCCAGAUCUUCAACCGGUCUCUCUUUACUCGGUGUUCUCGGCCGGCUCAGAUGGCGGCCACUGGUCGCGACGUCUUCUCGCGGGCGUUCGUGGUGGCGACUGUGUUCGUGAGAGUGGCAAGCGAUGUAACGCAUGUUUUGAUCGUCUCGCUACUGCACUACGACGUCUUGACGAUGCUUAUCGAUCUUUUGAUGAAACUCUGUUCCGUUUUGACUGUAUGCCUGCUGUCGACACCGCCAGCGCUACAAGGCCAUUCUCUCCAAACGGAAGCUGCACGACAUGUCGCUCAUGGUACAAACGUUGGUUGCUAGUCCAAACCGUGUCCAUUUGGCGGGAACCGCCGUGCGUUAACUGGUGCUACUAUGCUCAACUUGCUUGCCCUCACCUCGCCACAUCGAAAGUUGUCGACUAUGCUGGACAUCCUUCGUUUCAGUGUAGAGAUUUGGACAUUCCGUUGCCGCAAGAGCAAGAAAAGGCGUCGCGUUGCGGUUGUGUGCAUCCGUGCGAUCUGCGCGGAAUGGUUGUGGACGGCGACCUGACGCAUCGGCCGCCAACGACGCACGACUUCUACCCUUCUCGACAGCACUGCGAGUUUCAACGACGUCAGUGCUCCCGUAACACGGCUCAUGACCGACGUGUACUUGCUGUCGUCUCUGCCAGCAUCCACAUGCCACAAUUCCAGAAUACGGUUGUUGUGGCCGUCAUGCUUGCUGUUGCUGUGAUACAAUAA